GAAACAAUACGGUAGAGGAGAAAACAUGGUGAACACAAGAAAAAGCACGCAGCUCCAGCCAUGCAGUCUUGUCAUCUCCGGUCGGACGCGGUCGUCUCUUAGGAACAACCCAAACUUGGAAGAACACAACCAUAAUGACCCCAGUAAAAUCAGCUCCGGUAGCCCGCGCUUGUCCCCUCCGUCUAAGCGAAAACGCAGACACACGACGCCUAGCUCCAGUGACACUUCCCCAAGUCCCCAGAGCAAAGCGCAGAGAGUUACAUGGAACACCUCCAAACACUGCACCAGGUUAUCCACUGGUGCUUUGCAAAAUGGACACGGCCGAAGAACACUGCGGGUAGAUGACAGCACAGAUGGGGACGAUGCUCGCUUGAAUGGCCACGGUGAGCUGAAGAGGAGCUGUCGCUCUAGGAAGAGCCGCUUUCAGCACCUCAACCAGAGCCUGCUGUUUGACCAACUGGUCAACAGCACGGCAGAGGCGGUGCUUCAGGAGAUGGACAACAUCAGCAACAUACGACAGAGUCGGGAAGUGGAGCGGCUCCGGAUGUGGACAGACACAGAACUGGAAAACAUGGACAUGUAUUCACGUGUGAAAAGGCGGAAAUCGCUAAGGAGGAAUACAUUUGCGAUGCAGACACACCAUAAAGUCAUCAGCAAAUCUGAAGCUCCAGAAGAGGAGGGAAGGGAGGAAGAAGAAACCGAUGAAUCCCAUGAAGAGGGAGAUGAUGAUGAAGGGGAGGAUGAUGAAGAUGAUGAAGGGGAUGAAGCAGAGGAAGCAGGAGAGGAGAAUGACAGACCGUACAACCUCAGGCAGCGUAAAACUGUGCAGCGUUAUGAGGCACCACCCAUUGUGCCAGUGAACAGAAAACAAAGCAAGAACACAGUGUUUGACACGCACAGGUCCCCUGCAAGAAGAAGCCAUAUUAGAAUAAAGAAGCACGCCAUCCACAGUAGUGAUACAACGUCCUCGUCGGACGAAGAGCGUUUUGAACGGAGAAAAAGUAAAAGCAUGACACGUGCUCGGAAUAGAUGUCUGCCUAUGAAUUUGCGAGCAGAGGACCUGGCCAGUGGCGUUCUUCGCGAUCGAGUGAAAGUUGGUGCUAGUUUAGCUGAUGUGGACCCCAUGAAUCUGGAUACCUCUGUGAAGUUUGAUAGCGUAGGAGGGCUUACUGCUCACAUCAAGUCUCUCAAGGAGAUGGUGGUCUUUCCUCUUCUCUACCCUGAAGUGUUUGAGAAAUUUAAGAUCCAGCCUCCAAGGGGUUGCCUGUUCUACGGGCCUCCGGGGACAGGGAAGACUUUGGUGGCUCGGGCGCUGGCUAACGAGUGCAGUCAGGGUGAAAAGAAGGUUUCCUUCUUUAUGCGAAAGGGAGCUGACUGCCUCAGCAAAUGGGUGGGAGAGUCAGAACGACAGCUCCGCCUUCUCUUUGACCAGGCAUACCUCAUGAGACCAUCUAUCAUCUUUUUUGAUGAGAUCGAUGGCCUUGCACCUGUUCGUUCUAGCAGACAGGAUCAGAUUCACAGCUCCAUAGUUUCCACAUUGCUGGCUUUAAUGGAUGGUUUGGACAGUCGAGGGGAGAUAGUGGUCAUUGGUGCUACAAACAGACUUGACUCUAUCGACCCUGCACUCAGGAGGCCUGGUCGUUUCGACCGGGAAUUUCUGUUCAACCUGCCAGAUAAACAGGCUCGAAAGCACAUUUUAGAAAUUCACACCAGGGAUUGGAACCCAAAGCUGUCAGAUUCCUUUAUGGAUGAGUUGGCAGAAAAAUGUGUCGGUUACUGUGGUGCCGACAUCAAAGCACUUUGCACGGAGGCUUCACUGGCGGCAUUGCGCCGGCGCUAUCCUCAAAUAUACAGCAGCAGUCAGCGCUACAAACUGGACGUUGGUUCUAUCGUGCUAGGGCCGCAGGACUUUGGCUGUGCUCUGCGUACUAUUGUUCCAGCUGCUCAGAGAGCUCUCGCGCCACCGGGCCGAGCUUUGUCUUGCACACUGCAGCCUCUGCUGGAGAGAUCACUGGCCCAUACACUCACCUGCCUGCUUCGAGUCUUCCCCCAUGCAGAGCUCCCACACAGGGAACAAACACACGACUCUGACAAUCAGCUGCUGGAGGAGGACUCUUACAGCGAGGCUGAAGAUGAAGCUGGUGCUCAGUCCAUUUAUGAUGUUCAGCCAGGAUCCCCAAAGACAUCACACUCCCCCAUAUUACACAAACCCUUCCUUCAUUUUACUACGUCUGCCUAUCAGCAGCCAACCUCAUACCGACCAAGGCUUUUGCUGACAGGGCCUCAGGGUUCGGGUCAGAGCACACACCUGGCCCCUGCUCUGCUGCAUCACCUCAACAAGUUCACUGUGCACCGCCUCGACCUGCCCACGCUCUACUCUGUCAGUGCCAAGACCCCAGAGGAGUCCUGCGCUCAGGUGUUUCGGGAAGCUCAGCGGAGUGUGCCAAGUGUAAUCUACAUGCCACACGUCAGUGAUUGGUGGGAGGCCAUAAGUGACACGGUGAAGAGUACGUUUCUUACACUGCUGCAGGACGUUCCCUCCUUCACCCCACUCCUCAUCCUUUCCACGGCCGAGAUCAGCUACCAGCAGCUCCCUGAAGAGGUAAAAUGCAUCUUCAGUCGGUCGUACGGUGAGGUGGUGUGUCUAACGUCACCUCGGGAGGAGGACCGCAAAAAGUUCUUCAGUGAUCUCAUACUGGUGCAAGCAGCCAGGCCACCACUCCAACCGAGAAAAAAAGCGUGCGAUCUUGAGGUGCUGCCCCUGGUGGAAGACCCUGACCCUCGGCAGCUUUCUCCAGAGGAGCAGAAGCGACUUGAGGAGCAGGAGGAGAACACCCUGCGCGAGCUCCGCCUCUUUCUCAGGGACGUCACCAGGCGGCUGGCCACCGACAAGCGCUUCCACAUCUUUAGCAAGCCUGUGGAUAUCGAGGAGGUGGGGCUAGUCAAGCUGCUCAGCUGCGUACAUGUAUCAGAUUAUCUUGAGGUCAUCAGAGAGCCUAUGGAUUUGUCCACUGUCAUGACAAAGAUUGACACUCACAAGUACACAACCGCGAAAGACUUCCUGAAGGACAUUGACCUCAUCUGCAGUAAUGCGUUAGAGUACAAUCCAGACAAAGAUCCCGGAGAUAAGAUCAUUCGGCAUAGGGCUUGCAGUCUGAAGGACACGGCACAUGCGAUGAUUGCCUCCGAGCUGGACCCAGAGUUUGACCGCACGUGUGAGGAGAUUAAAGAGUCUCGAAGGAAAAGAGAGUUCCAGAUGCCGCAGCAGCCAGCUGCCACUCCAACAUCUGUAACAAGUAGAAGGCCUGUUGGUCCAGACGAGACCACUGGCAGCACCGCUCAGGCUGAUGUGGUGGAAAAGCAACACAACACUGGUGGAACAGAAGUAGCACAGAUGCUGGUGAGAUGCAUUACCUCUGGGCAUGCUAAUGUACGCCUCGCUGCAGGAGGUAGCAUAAAGCGCAAGGUUCGUCGUCGGUCAAUUUGGGAGAGGGGCAUCAUCAGGAAGAAGAAGAGCAGCAAGAAGGAGGAGCUAGAAGAUGACGAUGAGCCUGAGGAAGAGGAAGGAGCUGAUGACUCAACCGUUCCUAUCCAGGGUAAUGCCAGUCCAGCUCAGGAUGAGUCCUCCUCUGAUACCUUGGAACCCCAAACAGAUAAACCCCUUCCCCAACCCAAUGGGUAUGCUCUGAGCACCGAAGAGGAGAGCUCCAGUGAAGCCACCACGACUCAAGAUGCUCAAGUCCAAGAUAAGGCCAGUGCAACUACCUUUAAGAACCCUCCUUCUGCAGAGGAGAAAGAGGCAACCGUGCUCUCUGAGCCCCAAGAGUGUGUAAACGGAGACGAGUCACUGGACAGUAUAGACAGUGACGCCAACGAAAAGGAAUCAGGGAGUAUUGAAAAGGAGAUCACAGCUGCUUUCAGAGGACGGGAACAGGCUGGUUCGGAAGAUGUGGUGCAAGAAUGCAAGGCAAAUGAUUGUACACCAGCAGCGGAUGAAGCAGCUAGUGAUGGAGUUCAUGAAAAAGAAGGUACCUCCAGAGAGAAGACGUGUAGAAGAAGCCAAUCAGAACAGCAGAAGGAAGUUCUAGCAGAGAGGCCAGAGGACCCCCCACAGCCUCCGCCUCCACCUGCUUUAGUUGUAGACCAUCAGCGCCUCAAGGCCCUGCUAGAUCAAGUUGUGAUGAAGAGUAAGGGCUACAGUGUGGAUCAACUGGAACGACUUUACUCGGUGCUCAGCCAGUGUAUUUACCAGUACCGCAGGGAUUACGACAAGACCUGCCUGAUCGAGGAGAUGGAGAGGCAAGUCCAGCAUUUCAAUACAUUCCUGUGAUGAAACAAGGCGAUCAUAAUCAGAGACUCCUGCGAUGCAGAAGGAGACCAACUUAAAGAACCAAGCUGCUACAGCGAGCCGAGCAGGUUUGGUAUUAAAUGGCAAAGGAGGAGUUAAAGGAGACUUGCAAAGACUUUCAGUGGCAACCUUGGUGCUAUUGUCUCAGGUACCUGGACAGAACUAGUCUACAGAACCAAACACAAGUCAAGACUCGUAUAGGUUUCAAAAACAUAUAUGCCAAUUUCUAAUGGCCGUUCUUGGUGCUAUUAGGUGCUAUUGUUUUUCCAUUUGCUGCUCCUUGAGUUUCUUAAAAAAAAAAAAAAAAAAGUGAGAAAAGAAAUAAAUAUCAUCAUAUUAAAAGGAAAAAAAAAAAAAAAAAAAAGAUUGUGUGAUGUCACUUGAACACCUUGGUCUCAUUUGUCAGGAAGAGACAGCACACCACCACACAGGCACAGAUUCUCACCAGCAGUAGUAAAACCCCACAUGAAUGAGGUGUAAUGCCAUGAGGUCAUGCCAGUUUGUGAUUGACUGUGGAGACCAAUCGCAUCAUUCUCCAUCUAUGAAAGCCAUUUUAAUGCGUUAAGUCCCUGUGAUCUUCCACCAGAAGGCAUUUAAACGUAAGCAGCGUGUAACUAACACAGAAUCGUAAGCGUUUUCUACCUGAUGCAUGUGGUGUAUCUUUCGCAGUGGAAAAGCUGAAGCCCCAUCAUAAUAAGAAAAUCCGCAAAACUGAUCGCUUCUGUUAUUACAGUGGAAUUAUUAUAAAUACCAUGAUGCAGUAAAUUUGAUUCCGAUUCUUUUUUUUCUUUUUUUUUUGUGCAUUUUGAAAUAAAUGCUAACAUAUAUCUAGCUACAGCGUCAGGAAUGUUUUACAAAAGAUGCGUUGCCUCUUAAAAGUUGAUCUCUUCCUGUCCAAUGAGCAUUUACAGUUUGGUAUUGUCAUGGCCACAUAUAUUUUUGUCUUUUGGGAAAAGAUGGCUUGUCUCAACUCUUUGGACUGUUUAACAAAUUGCUCAUUCAAAAUUGUUUGCUGUGUAUUUAUUUUAUUUUAUUUUAUUUUUUGGAAUUAAUCAGCAUACCUACAUGAUUUUCACCCUCAAGACAAUUGUUCUGAUACCAGUUGGUUACGCCAUGACCUUAAGUUGUAAUAUUUUGUAUCAUUUACUUUUUUAUUAUUAUUAUUAUUAUUAUUAUUACCUCUUAGUUUGGGUUAUAUGAAUGCUAAGAUUGUUUGCAUUAAUGAAUGAAUGAUGAACUAGGCAAUUUUAGCCAGUGUGCUUUGAUCAAUAUAUGGAGCAUUAUUAUUGUGUUAAAAAUGUUUUUUAAAAGGUAUUUUGGCUUUUUUUUUGGUCUAUGGUUUAGUUGUAUUAAGACCUUUUGAUUAGUAGCUACUUAUUCUUUUAGUAGCUAGGUUCUAGUUGGUUUUUGGCCUAGUGUGUUUAAUUGCCAAGGCCUUUUCUCAGAAAGAGUUGAACCGCUUCUUUCUUCAGUUUGCAGAAAAACAUUUCUGAAGUUAAGACUCAUCUCAAUUUUAUGUAAAGCUGAGUAUACUUACAAACCAUUUAAAAAAAAAAAAAAAAAAAAAACACAUGCAAAAAGAGAAAUGAGCUCUGGACUACUGCAGCGAGAUGGAGAACCCUGGCUACCUCAGUUAAAAAUGAUUUAAGACAACAUGUUUAUCAAAGACAUACAGUAUUUGUCAACAUCUGUAACAUCGCUGCACCUUUUACCAUUUGAAAGCUCAGGUACUGAGCAACAAGUCCUGUGGCUGAUGCAGUAAUCCAUCCUUUUGCUUGGUUUUUGGUUAAUAUAAUUGUUUACUGAGUUUUGCAGUUGAGCCAACACAAACACAGCACAUUAACUUCAGUAAGAUUUUGUAUUAUAUAUCUUCGUGUCCUGUCCAAUGGACCUUGGUGAUGGCAGCCAUAUUGUUUGUCCACUUCACUACAGUUUCUUAUCUUUAUGUCUGGCGUAAUUGCAUCGUUUUAGCUAUUUAUCUCCCACUCUACCUGUUUAUUUAUUAAGUAUUGGUGUUUGACUGUCUGUUCAUAUUUUUGUACACCGUUGAUUAAAAGGGGACAAAUUGGAAAUUUGUUACAGUUUUUGAAGUUGGAGCCAUGUCAUGAUGUAGCACAUUGUAGCAGGGUUGCGCAAGUGGAGAGGUUUACCGGUCUCAGGUCUCUGCUACAUUCAUGACCUAUUUAUUCCAUUAUGAUGAUGGUGGUGGUGCUUUUUGGGCUUUGUGGUAAAGGGCCUGUCAUACAACUAAUGUUAUGAGUGUUUUCUCACCUCGUACCCCAUAUAUACUGCAUAUGAUCUGCUUGUUCUGUGUAAUUCUCUAGGUACUACUGUGAUGCUGACCACUGGGUCUGAGAUCCUGACAUUUUAGUCUAUUUCACAAAUUCUGUAUGGAUUGAAAGAACUGGAGGACAUACAAAAUGUUACCUGUGUUCACCUCUUUAAAUGUGGUUGUUGGCUCACUUUGUGUCGAUUUUAUUUUUUCAGUAUUUAUGGUGUGAGACUGUACUGGUCCUAAACUGUGUCACGUGGCCAACAAGUAUUAAAAAGUGAAAUUUCAAGUUUAAAAAUGGAUCAAAUUUAAGAGAAAUUGGGAAACACUUCAAAUAUUUAUAUUAGAAAAAGUGAUUUAAAAUGACAAGAGGCCUACGCUGAUGUAGUGAUCUGGACGUGGUACAGGGGGAAGAAAUGUCAUGUUAAAUAACAUUUUUUCCCCUCUUGGUUUGACCUGUGCUUGAUAUUGCAGACUACAUAAUUCUGAUACAUACAGCUCCAACAGAAACAACUGGUACUGGUGAUAAACUAGUGCGGAGUGUCAUUUUCACGUUAGCUCUGUUUUCCACAUUUGGUUUGAUGUAGUCUAGUUGCAUCUUUGUUCAAAUAUCUGUGCUGUUGCUAGGCCAAAAACUGGCCUACUGCAAAACUGCCUGACUACUGACACCUGACUGGAGCCUUAAACAAGUGUUACUGAAUGAAAAAUAGUAUAUCCCCAUUCUGAUCCUGCAUCAUCCCCUGAAGAAGAGCUACACACACUUAAAUGUGGCUUAGCUCAUGCUCCUUAAGUCAUUUCCUUUUCCAUUUUUCCAUUUUUAAAAGUCAAGUUGGUUAAACAUCCAGUUUGUUGACAUGAUCGGGAGGGUAGUUGAAGUAUGCAGAUUCAACCCUCCAAUCCCCCCCAACCCCCCUCCCCACCACACACACACUUUUUUUAUUUUUAUUUUUUAUUUUAUUUUAUUUUUUUAAUUUUAUUUUUUUUAAAUAUAAAUAAACUUGUUUCCGUGAUAUAAUAAUUGCCUCUAAUAUGUAGUCUAUUGUUUAUUUAUUGAUCUACUUUUGGGGUUUUGUAUUUCUGCUAUUGCCAGGGUCUUUGCCCCAUUUUCUCAAAUUGGUAAAAGACUCAUUUGAAACCUGGUUACUAUCCAGCCAAGCAUUCUUUUAGUGGAAGUCCUGUUGAAAUUAAUUCAUUUACUGUAAUUUCUUAAACUGCUGUGAUAUUACUUGAAUAAAAGGUGCAAAUUGUA